AUGCAACAAAAUUACGCAGAAUUAUUUUUUUCCCAUUUCUAAAUUGUAGCCAAUCAAUCUUAACAAGGCAAAAAAAUAAUUGAAGAAAUUAUUGACAGUUUUGAAGAAAGAGUGAAUAUUGAAGAAAAAUAUGCAAAAUCAUUAGAAAAAUUAGUAAACAAUCUUAGUAAAAUUGAAGAUAAGCAAUAGUAAUAUAAUAAUUCCAAUUUAUUAGAAUGUUUAAAAUUCCUAUAUAUUGUCUAAAAUGUUUAAGUACUAGUAGAUAACGUUAAGCAGAAGGAUUAUGUUAAUCAUUAAAAGAAGAUCUUAUUGUUUAAUUAAAAUAAUUAAUUUAAUAAUAAAAUGCUUCUUCUAAAAAAUUAAUAGAUGAAGCUAAGAAAUUAGAGAAAGAGCAUUUGUUUCUCAAUUCAGAAUAUAAAAGAGUAUUAAUUAUAUAUAUAUAAUUUUUAGAAUUUUUAAGAUUAUAAAUAAAAAAAGAGAGAAUACGAACAAAAUGCAACAGUAUUGGUUGUUUAUAAUCUUUUAUCAGAAUAUCCUGAAAAAAAAAGAUUAAGUUAAUAUUAGAAAGUUUCAUCUGUGACAAAAGAAUCAUAAGAAUUGGAAUAAAGAUAUAAAUAAUCAGUGGCAGAUUAUAAUACUAAUUGUGAUACAUCAAAAGCAAGAAUUCAAGCUAUUUUGGCUUAAAUGUAGGAAUAAGAAGAAAAAAGAAUUACAGUUUUUAAAGACACACUUAUAAGAUAAAUCGUAAGAUUAAAUAUUAAUUAUAUAAGAUUUUUGAAGUUUCUCAUUCUAAAAAUGUAUAGUAUGAUUUAGAUAAAAUAAAUGAGAAAAUUGAUGAUAUACAUCCUGAAGAAGAAGUUUAGAAGUUUGCCUAAUCUUUAAAAUUAGAGAAUCCUCCUCUUUUUGAGAAAACAGAAUUGAUUCAACUCAAUUCAUAUAUUAGCAAUAGUUUAUAAAAGUUUUUCUCUAAAGAGUUUGAUGAAAUUCUCUCCUUAAAUAGUGAUUAAAAGGUUAAAGAAAUUAUUUAGCUUGUGGAAUAGGGAGCAACAAUAAAUUCUGAAGAUUAAAAAUAGGAAAAUAUAUAUUAUGCUGCAAAAAUAAUAUAUGAUUGUUGGAAGGAAUAAUAAAUAGAUGUAGAUACAUUUAGUUAAUUUAAAAAAAAAAUAUAUGAUGAUUAUUAACUGAGAAAAUUAGUUAUUAUUGCAUUAUAAAAUAAGAGGGCUACUUCAAAAUUUAGACUUGGACCUAUAGCAUUCUAAAAUGCAGUUAAUUUGUUUAAUUCAGUCUUAGAAAUAGUAUUCAAUAUUUUAUUUAUAUUAGUGCUUAGAGACAUUUGAUGCAGGCACAUCUAGACAGUUAAUGAAUUUAUCUUUCACUUUUCAUAAAGAAAAUAUAGAAAAUGGUAGAUCAUAAUGUUAUUUUAUUUAAAAUGAAUUUGCUAAACUUUAAGUUUGGGAAAAUAGAGAUUUAUGGGAAACUAGCAUUAUAUAAUAAAUUUAUGAAUAAAUUAAAGAAUAAUAAUAAAGGCAAAAAUCUUUAACGUAUAUUAAUUGUUAUAAUAUUAGUCUUUUCGAUUAAAUUUAAACAGAAAAAAAUAUGAUUUUGACAAUUCUCACACAAAUGGCAUAAAAUAUGCUAUUAUUUAAUUUUAAAUUUGGAGCAAUCAAAGAUAUUAUGUUUAAAUUUAUGGCUUUUUUUGAAUUGAAUGAAGAAAUCUCUUCUGAUUUAUUUGUAAAUAUAAUUAAUAAUUUAAUUAUAGAAUGCUAUUGAAGGUUUUGAGAAAUAGAAAUAAUUGAAAGACUAAUAAGAAAAAUAAAAUCAACUAUAAUAACAAGAGUAGAACUAAACAAUAGAAUAGUAAUAAUAAUAAUAAUAAUAAUAAUAAUAAUAAUAAUAAUAAUAAUAAUAAUAAUAGUAAUAAUAAUAAUAGUAAUAAUAACAAUAGUAAUAAUAAUAAUAGUAAUAAUAAUAGUAAUAAUAAUAAUAAUAAUAGUAAUAGUAAUAAUAAUAAUAAUAAUAGUAAUAGUAAUAAUAAUAAUAAUAAUAAUAAUAAUAACAACCACAAUUAUAAUAACCUUAAUAACAAUAAAAUAUGAUGGGGAAAAUUAGUUCAUUUUUUUCAUAAUUAAAUAAGGAUUGA